GUUGUACAUCGGAAAUUGUGCUGUGUCGAGAAUCGAGCGUGAAACAUACAGUGAAUACUUUUUGAAUUUGCCUGGGUGUGAAUCGAAUUCGAGAAAAAAAAUCAAAAUAACAGGCUAGGAAGAUAGUUUUCUGAGCUCUCAAUUGUGAAUAAAUCCUCAUUCGCAUUUUGCUACGAAUGAAAGUGGUUGUGCAUCGGAAAUUGUGCUGUGUCGAGAAGCGUGCGUGAAACUUACAGUGAAUACCUUAUUGGAUUUUCCUAGGUGUGAAUCGAAUUCGUGUGAGUGCGAUCUGAGAUCUGGGAUCAGAAAUCUAAAUUUACUCUCUCCAUACAUAAGACAUCAGAAUCAGACAGUACAGAACAAAUCCCUAGGCAAUCCUUAUCAAUAGUCCGCCGAAUAAAUGGUUUUCGUUCACGUUUCGGAGAAGGAGGGCGACGAGCCCAUCGAGCUGCCGGCUGAGGAGGAUGGCACUUUGCUGCUGUCCACACUGCAGGCGCAGUUUCCGGAAUCUAGCGGUCUGCAGUACCGCAACGUGGACACGAAGGCGGUGCGUGGAGUUCGCUCCAACGAGGGCCGACUGUAUUCGCCCAGCGAAGAAACCGGCUGGGGCGAGUACCAUUACUUUUGCGUCUUUCCCAAGAAGAACAAGCGCCAGAGCGAAGAUAACUUGGAAAACUCAACUGCCAAAACCAAGCGCACUGAGGCCCAUCUGCGCUGCUUUGAUCUCAUCGUGCUCGGCUUGUCCUAUAACACCACCGAGCAGGAUUUGCGUGAGUACUUCGAGACCUACGGCGAUGUGGUGAAGGCUGAGAUCAAGAAGGACACCAGGUCGGGCCACUCCAAGGGUUUCGGGUUCGUGCGCUUCGGCUCUUACGAUGUCCAGAUGCACGUACUCUCUAAGCGCCAUUCAAUUGAUGGUCGCUGGUGCGAGGUUAAGGUGCCCGCCUCGAGGGGCAUGGGCAAUCAGGAGCCUGGCAAGGUAUUCGUCGGCCGCUGCACCGAGGACAUAGAGGCGGAUGACUUGCGCGAGUACUUCUCAAAGUUUGGCGAAGUGAUCGACGUGUUCAUUCCCAAGCCCUUCAGGGCUUUUAGCUUUGUAACCUUUCUCGAUCCGUAUGUACCACGCGUCGUGUGCGGAGAGAAACACAUAAUCAAGGGAGUUUCGGUCCAUGUGUCGACUGCUGACAAAAAGAACGUGCAGAACAAAAACCAACUGUUCCAGACCAACAACUACAACAAUUUGGACAACAACUUUAAGAUGCAACCGGCCAACAACUUUAGAAUGCACCCAGCCAACAACUUUAGCAUGCAUUCAUUUAAUCCACAUGGUUACCAAAUGAAUCGCGUCAUGAACUAGACCCACAAGACCAAUGUGGGCGGCAGCAACUGUUGGAUAUGCCCAACCUGCAGGCGCUAGUCUUCAACUCCCAGGCAUCGAGCUCCUCCAACCAGCUGGUCGAGUUGGUACCCAAUAAUGUGAUGCUGUCGCUCAUACACAAAUAUAAACAGACAUACAUAUAAACAGACAUACAUAUAAACAGACAUACAUAUAAACAGACAUACAUAUAAACAUACUUAUGUGCAUACUUAUAUGCAUACUUAUGUGCAUACUUAUAUGCAUACUGAUAUGCUUAUUUAUAUAUAAACUUAUAUGCAUACUUAUAUGUAAACUUACAUGCAUACUUAAAAGCAUACUUAAAUACAUACAUGCAUGCUUACAUACUUGUAGACAUAAAUACAUACAUACAUACCACACGUCCAAAAAUAAAAUUCUAAAAAAUG